AUGGAAAAACAAGAGGUAUUUCACAUGGUUUUUACAUCUGAAGGGAAACUGGGAACGCGGUGCCUGCUGCCCUGGCUCCUGCUGCUGGCAGCCUGGCGGGCGGGCAGCGCCCAGCUGCGCUACUCGGUCCCCGAGGAGGCCCAGCACGGCACGUUCGUGGGCCGCCUGGCGCAGGACCUGGGGCUGCCGCUGGCCGAGCUGGUGCCGCGCCUGUUCCGGGUGGCGUCCCGUGCCGGCGGGGACCUGCUGGAGGUGAACGUGCAGAACGGCAUCCUGUUCGUGAACGCGCGGAUGGACCGCGAGGCGCUGUGCGGUCGGAGCGCGGAGUGCAGCGUGCACCUGGAGGUGGUGGUGGAGCGGCCGCUGCAGGUGUUCCACGUGGAGGUGGAGGUGAGGGACGUCAACGACAACCCGCCCGUGUUCUCCGUGAAGGAACAAAAGCUCUCCAUACCCGAGUCUAGACUGCUGGAUUCGCGGUUUCCGUUAGAGGGCGCGUCGGACGCAGAUACCGGAGCUAACGCAGUUUUAACCUACAAGCUUAGCCCCAGCGAGUUCUUUGCGCUAGAUGUGAAAACGAACAGUGAUGAUAACACACAAAUUGGGCUCGUGUUGAGAAAGUCCUUGGACAGAGAGGAGGUACCUGAACAUAACUUGCUCCUGGUGGCCACCGAUGGAGGCAAACCCGAGCUCACGGGCAGUGUCCAGCUGCGGAUCACGGUGUUGGACGUGAAUGACAACGCGCCCAGUUUCCAACACUCCGAAUACAAAGUAAGGAUAUUUGAAAACUCAGACAACGGAACAACUGUCAUCAGACUGAAUGCCUCUGAUCCGGAUGAGGGGACAAAUGGGGCGAUUUCGUACGCCUUCAAUAGCCUUGUUUCACCCUUGGUCCUUGCCCGCUUUGCCAUAGAUCCCAACACAGGGGAGGUAGUGAUUCAAGGGAAUUUGGAUUUUGAAGAAAUGAAUUCAUACAGGAUCCGCGUCGACGCGACGGACAAAGGCCACCCCCCGAUGGCAGGACACUGCACCGUUUUAGUGAAAGUUGUGGAUGUCAAUGAUAACACUCCAGAAAUUUCAAUAACGUCUCUGUCACUGCCCAUCCGAGAGGACGCUCCGGUGGGCACGGUGGUCGCCUUGGUCAGCGUGUCCGACCGCGACUCGGGCGCCAACGGGCAGGUGAGCUGCGCCCUGACGCCCGACGUGCCCUUCCGGCUGCUGUCGACCUUCAGGAACUACUACUCGCUGGUGCUGGAGAGCGGGCUGGACCGCGAGCUGGUGUCGGGCUACGGCGUGGUGGUGACGGCGCGCGACGCGGGCUCGCCGGCGCUGCGGGCGUCGGCCAGCGUGUGGGUGGAGGUGGCGGACGUGAACGACAACGCGCCCGCGUUCGCGCAGGCCGAGUACACGGUGUUCGUGAGGGAGAACAACGCGCCGGGCUGCCACCUGGUGACGGUGUCGGCGCGCGACGCGGACGCGCGGGAGAACGCGCGCGUGUCGUACUCGCUGGUGGAGCGGCGCGUGGGCGAGCGCUUGCUGUCGAGCUACGUGUCGGUGCACGCGGAGAGCGGGCGCGUGCACGCGCUGCAGCCGCUGGACCGCGAGGAGCUGGAGCUGCUGCGCUUCGAGGUGAGCGCGCGCGACGCGGGCGUGCCGGCGCUGGGCAGCAACGUGACGCUGCAGGUGUUCGUGCUGGACGAGAACGACCACGCGCCGUGGGUGCUGCCGCGGGGCGCGGGCGGGCCGGCGAGCGAGGCGGUGCCGGUGUGGGUGUCGCGGUCGGCGGGCGCGGGCCACGUGGUGGCGAAGGUGCGCGCGGUGGACGCGGACGCCGGCUACAACGCGUGGCUGUCGUACGAGCUGCAGGCGGCGCCCAAUGCGAAUGCGAAUGGGGCGGCGGCGGCGGCGGCGGCGGCGGGCGGGGCGCGGCUCCCGUUCCGCGUGGGGCUGUACACGGGCGAGAUCAGCACGACGCGCAGCCUGGACGAGGCGGACUUGGCGCGCCAGCGGCUGCUGGUGCUGGUGAAGGACCACGGCGAGCCCGCGCUGACGGCCACGGCCACGGUGCUGCUGUCGCUGGUGGACGGCGGGCAGGCGCCGGCGGGGGUGGCGUCCUCGUCGCGGGCGGCGGGUGCGGCGGCGGCGGGCGGCGCGGCGGCGCUGCUGGACGUGAACGCGUCCCUGAUCGUGGCCAUCUGCGCCGUGAGCAGCCUGCUGGUGCUGACGCUGGUGGUGUGGACGGCGCUGCGGUGCUGGGCGCCGGCCGCGGAGGGCGCGUGCGGGCCGGGGCAGCCGGCGCUGGUGUGCGCGAGCGCGGUGGGGAGCUGGUCGUGCUCGCAGCGGAGGCGGCAGCGGGUGAGCGGCGGCGAGGGCGCGCCCAAGGCCGACCUCAUGGCCUUCAGCCCUGGCCUUCCUCCGGGUCUUCAAUCAGCAGAUGUCGGGGAACCGCGAGAUUUAAAAGUGGAUCAUUGCGACCAAAUUCAAGACAAAUACCGCCCUCCGCGCGUCUGUGGGGAAGACACUCCGUGCGUUGUGCUGCCAUGGCGAACACAGGAGGAGGGGCCUGACGAUUCAGAUAAUUUCACUUCAUUUUGA